GGGUGCUUCACUUUAAUGAAAUAGUUGUUUGUUUUUUCUUUGCUUCCUGCUUGUUGCUUCUUCUUCUUCUUCUUCUCUCUCUCUCUCCCUCCCUGCUGCGGCGCUGCGACUCGCCUUGCGUAGUAGUUUGCUGCGAGCGUUGUUCGCCCGCGAGCCAUGGCUGCUUACCAGGACCAACCGGUCCGGAACAUGGAUAAGCACACUGCUGCACACGAGAUGCAGGCGCAUCGACGAGUGCUGUCCGACGAUGUCGAGAGCAACGAGUCCCAUGGGUCGCUGCGGGGCUACACGAGGGCUGAUCGCGCCGACAUGAUGCGCAUGGGCAAGGUGCAGGAACUCAAGAGGAAUUACCGUCCGCUUUCCGCUUUGGCUUUUACUGUUAUCCUGCAGGGUACAUGGGAGGUGCUUCUCACUGCCACCUCGCAGGGCCUGCUGGAUGGAGGCCCGGCAGGCCUGAUCUGGAGUUUUGUGUGGACAUGGUUUGGCUUCAGCACCGUCAUGUUGUCGCUUGCUGAGAUGGCGUCCAUGGCUCCGACUGCCGGUGGCCAGUACCACUGGGUCUCGGAAUUCUCGCCUCCCAGCGUCCAGAAGCCGUUUAGCUACUUCAUUGGGUGGAUGUCGACGCUGUCGUGGCAAGCUGGCACUGCUUCGGGGCCUUAUCUCGUGGGCACGCUGAUCCAGUCUUCGGCCAUUGUCAUGUAUCCGGAAUACUCUCCUACCAAUUGGCAGGGAACGCUCAUGGUCAUCGCCGUGACCAUCCUUGUCUGGGCACUGAACAUUUGGGGCUCGAGAAUCAUGCCCGUCUUCCAGAACAUCAUGCUGAUUGUCCAUGUAUUCGGCUUCAUGGCUAUCAUCAUCGUCUUCUGGGUCCUGUCGCCGAGAGCCACGGCAGAAGCGACAUUUACAAACUUUACCAACGGCGGCAGCUGGAGUACAACGGGCCUUGCGCUCAUGGUCGGCCAGGUCUCGGCAAUCUAUGCUUGCAUCUGCUCCGACUCGGCAGCUCACAUGGCCGAGGAAAUCAAAGACGCGGGCAGGACUGUGCCCCGCGCCAUGAUCGGUGCAUACCUCAUGAACGGAUCUCUGGGCAUAGUCUUCCUCAUCAGCUACAUGUUCAUGGUUACUGAUGUCGAGGCUGCCCUCGGCGAUGCAAGCGGCUAUCCGCACCUGUGGGUCUUCAGCCAAGCUGUAUCGCCCGGCGGAGUCGUUGCACUCAACUCCAUCCCCACUGUUCUCAUCUUCGCAGGUACCCUGACCUUCAACCUGUCGACGUCGCGCCAGACGUGGGCGUUUGCAAGAGACCACGGACUGCCCUUUAGCAACUGGAUUGGCCAUGUGAAUCCCAAGUUGCAGGUCCCGGCGAAUUCUGUCACCGUGACUUGCAUCAUUACCAUUGCAUUGAGUCUGAUCAACAUUGGCUCGGAUGUCGCGUUCAACGCUAUCAUCUCACUCAACGUCGUGGCCCUCAUGAUCACAUACAUGUUCUCCAUCGGCGCCGUCCUAUACCGCCGCAUCAAGCACCCUGAACUGCUGCCCGCCUGCCGCUGGUCCCUGGGCAAAUGGGGUGUCCCCAUCAACCUUGGCGGCGUGCUGUACUCCACGCAUGCACUCUUCUGGUGUUUUUGGCCCGAGACCACAUCUGCGGCGCCGCAGGAUUUCAACUGGGCUGUUGUUAUGUUCGGGGGAGUGGCUGUAUUGUGUCUUAUUGAUUAUGUAAUUAGAGGGAGGAAGCAGUACAAGGGCCCUGUUGUGCUGGUCGAUGGCUUCAAAGGAGAAUGAUUAUUGAGGACUGGCGAGAGUCAAGAGCGAUGAUGAAAAUCGCGGGGAUAAUGAGGAACCCAGGGCCAAUAUGGUUGAAUUGAGACUAAUGACCCUCAAAUACGUAGACGAGACUUGGACUUUGGCAUUCCCUACUUAAGAGACUGGAUACGCCAGGCUCUGGGGUCACCUAAUGACAUUAGUGUUAGCCUGCUUGGGUGCAUGUCCA